CUGUUUGCUAAAUCUCACUGUCACUGCUAAAUUCAGAGCAGAUAGAGCCUGCGCAAUGGAAUAAAGUCCUCAAAAUUGAAAUGUGACAUUGCUCUCAACAUCUCCCAUCUCUCUGGAUUUCUUUUUGCCUCAUUAUUCCUGCUAACCAAUUCAUUUCCAGACUUUGCACUUCAGAAGCAAUGGGAAAAAUCAGCAGUCUUCCAACCCAAUUAUUUAAGUGCUGCUUUUGUGAUUUCUUGAAGGUAAAGAUGCACAUCAUGUCCUCCUCACAUCUCUUCUACCUGGCCCUGUGCUUGCUCACCUUCACCAGCUCUGCCACGGCUGGACCGGAGACACUCUGCGGGGCUGAGCUGGUGGACGCUCUUCAGUUCGUGUGUGGAGACAGGGGCUUUUAUUUCAACAAGCCCACAGGGUACGGCUCCAGCAGUCGGAGGGCGCCUCAGACAGGCAUCGUGGACGAGUGCUGCUUCCGGAGCUGUGAUCUGAGGAGGCUGGAGAUGUACUGCGCACCCCUCAAGCCUGCCAAGUCGGCCCGCUCCGUCCGUGCCCAGCGCCACACCGAUAUGCCCAAGGCUCAGAAGUAUCAGCCCCCAUCUACCACCAAGAAAACGAAGUCUCAGAGGAGAAGGAAAGGAAGUACAUUUGAAGAACGCAAGUAGAGGGAGUGCGGGAAACAAGAACUACAGAAUGUAGGAAGACUCUCCUCGAGUGAAGAAGGACGUGCCACCGGCGGGAUCCUUUGCUCUGCACGAGUUACCUGUUAGACACCAGAAGACCUACCAAAAAAAUAAGUUUGAUAACAUUUCAAAAGAUGGGCAUUCCCCCCAAUGAAAUACACAAGUAAACAUUCCAACAUUGUCUUUAGGAGUGAUUGUUAAAAGCUUUGCACCUUGCAAAAAACGGUCCUGGAGUUGGUAGAUUCCUAUUGAUCUUUUAUCAAUAAUGUUCUAUAGAGAAAAUAUAUAUAUAUAGAUAUCUAUAUCUAUAUCUAUAUAUGUAUAUAUAUAUAUAUCUUAGUCUCUGCCUCUCAAGAGCCACAAAUGCAUGGGUGUUGUAUAGAUCCGGUUGCACUAAAUUUGUCUCUGAAUCUUGGCUGCUGGAGCCAUUCAUUCGGCAGCCUUGUCUAAGUGGUUUAUUAAUUUUUUUUAUUUGCACUUCUUUCUACACAACACAGGCGGUUUGUUUUACAGUGUCUGAUAACCUUGUUUGUCUGUCCUCGCCCCCCCAUCAUCUUUAUAUUUGCUAAAUUUGGCCUCCUCAAUAGCAGCAGCAAGCAGUCAAGUAGCACACCAAUUUUUAACCCACAAGAUUCCAUCUGUGGCAUUUGUACCAAAUAUAAGUUGGAUGCAUUUAUUUUAGACACAAAACUUUAUUUUUCCACAUCUUGCUAAAAAAAAAACAUGCAAGUAGAUGCAACUUUGAGGCCAAUCAUUUUUAGGCGUAUGUUUCAAGCAUAGAAAGUCUCAGACUCUGAACAGUUCCUUCAAAUGAGUUAGUGUGCACCCUGAUUAGCAACUUUUCUCUUUUUAUUUUUUCCAUAUAGAGCACUAUGUAAAUUUAGCAUAUCAAUAAUGCAGGAUAUAUCAAACAGUAUGUAAAACUCUGUUUUUUAGUACAAUGGUGCUAUUUUGUAGUUUGUUAUAUGAAAGAGUCUGGCCAAAACGGUAAAGGGUGAAAGCAAAACAGAAGAAGCCUGGAGCCAAAGAUGACACCGAGGGGAAGGCUACGAAACAUCCAUCCAUUUGGGAUAGAGGUAAAGUUCCUGGAAUUAUGCCUUCCGAGAGCAACUUAAGACACAAAGUCCACCGCCGUCAAUUUGAUUGGCGAGUCCAGAGAGGGGUGGAAAAAGCAGCGAGCUUUUUCUCGCUGGAGAAACAAACAUCUGCCGACUCUGCCACAGACACACCACUGUGUGACCUUGGGCAAGUCACUUCACCUCUCUGUGCCUCAGUUUCCUCAUCUGCAAAAUGAGGGCAAUACACCAUCUACCUACCUCACAGGGGUGGUAUGAGGAUUAAAAAGAUAAGCUCCAGAUUUUUAUCCUGGGUUGCUAUGAGGACUUAAGAUCAGAGCCCUGGAGUUGUUGCGAUGUAAGGAAUUCUAUAAACAACCCAUUCACAGCAUAGCUAGAAAAUUGAUUAUCCCAAUUCUUCUGACAUACCAAUUCUUGGCAAUGAGACUAUCCGACUAACUAGUUGUUAAAAGCUAACAGCGCAAUCUCUUUUUAAAAUACUUUUCAAAAUAAGUUAGAAACAUCUGAUUUGCAAUUUGAUUUUGAAUUCUGCAUUUGGAUUUAUGAACACAAAGUGAAAGAGAGAAAGGAAAAGAAAAAAGGAGAAAAACAAAAAAGAUGUCUACCAGUAAAAGGAUGAUUAUUCUAUUUGUUAGCACUCACUGACUCUUCCAGGCAGUUACUAGUAAUACAGUAAUACUUCUUUUAAUAUGACAAAUGAUACUCUAUUUAUUUUGAAAAACACAGUUAUUCCUUCUCUUUAGGCAAUCUGAAAAAAUAGCCCAAGAUUUCAAGUACCGAAAUAAUAGUUAAUACAAGGUCACAAAGUUACUUUCUUCAGUAAAUUUUGUUCUUAUCCUUGGCUGUACAUACAUAUAUAUAUAUAUUUUAAAUGUUCUUGUUAAAAUAUGCUUGGCUAUAGUUGCUAGUUGAGAGGCAAAAAUCUCCUUCACAACUAGAAAUUUUCCCUCAUGUCUGCUUAGAAGGGUGGCCCCUAGCCCUCUGUGGAUGUGUCUUAUCCAUUCAUCUGCAAAUCAGUAUCAAGAAAAUCCAGUGGUGAGGACAGGCCCAUGUAGGCCUGGAAAAUAUUUCCUGUCCACAUACCAAGAUUUUCUUAUUAGAACAAUGAAUCAUCCAUCCUUCAGACCUUUUUAUCUGCCUUAGAACUUUUUGGUGAAAAGUAUGGUUUGAUUAUUUCAUGCAAAUUGUAUCCCUUUUAUUCUUGGAAUAUGUAUAUGGAAAACAAAAAUAACGUCUUUAGUUUUCAUCCCACUGGUACACCUCAAGGUUCAGAGGCCAGAAAAAAAAAAAAGAUUUCCUGGAUUUCUAAACAUGUGACAAAAAGAAGACCUGUUCAAUGGGCACCCCUGCUCAGCCGGCAAGUAUUUGACCCCUCAGGCCACAGCAUUAUUGGACAUGCGCGCCUCUGGCGUUCUGAGCAGUGUUUUGAUCACUAUGGACGGAUGUAAAAGAAACUAUAAGUCAUUUUUGCCCUUCAUCUGUUUUCUAGACAUAUGGGUUCUGUGAAAUGAGAUGCAGGACCCCUCUUCCCAAAAUGGCACUUCUGAUUUGUAUUUCUUGUUCUUAGUGUGUACAUUUUAAAAUUACUGACUCCCAGCAACACUUUACGUGCAAUCUUCUGCAGAUGUGUGGGUUUCCAGACAUAGAUGGAUAUGGGGAUUCUAAGUGUCUAUGACUUAUUUGAUUCACCUAAUAAUUCUGUCUGCAACCAAAAAUGCCCCAGUGAGGAAAGCUUAAAUAUGCAAAGCCAUAUUGUCUUUCUUAACUUUUUCCAACACAUAAUCCUCUCCAACUGUAUCAUAAAUGAACUAAUUAAAAAUUAGCUAAUUAUACUAACCCACUCUCUGAUUUUCAAGUGAAUUAAAGCUAGAAGACAAAUUGGUGUAAACUCCACAAGUCAGCUGAUCGCUAUAUACUACUGCAGAACGGCCCAGGAUUGGGCGAAGGGAGCACCUAAAAUUUCACAACUCAGAAACGUAUAAGCUCUGCUUUCGAAUUUUCAAAUGAGGCAAUUUCCAGAUAUUUAUGAAACAGCUAUAAAUGUUGGUAAGAAUAAGCUUUCAACUUAGAGGCUUAUUUCCAAUUUAAUUGACAGUACUGAACACCUAGGUCAAAUUUCUGUUCCCACUUCCCCAACAGUAGAAUGCUAUUAUUUGAAAAUUUUAAGAUGAGGAGGCUCCCCGGAAAAAGUUAAUGCAUCUUUACAUCAGAAUCCACUCUUCUAGAGACAGAGAAAUCUCUUCCACCACCCACCCUACACACACACACACACACGCACACACACACACAAACACACACUCUCACACACACACACACACACUCAUCCUGAGUUCAAUGCAACACUGAGAAGAAAUCACUUCCUUGGAAAAUUUUAUUUAAAAAAAAAAAGCUUAGCCUCCCUUGAGAGUCCUUCCCCUCCUUGGAAUGUCAGUGUUUGUGUAGAUGAAACCAUCUCAUGCACUGUGGCUCCGGAGUUUCUGUUACUAGUUUAUGCACUUGGGAGAGUGCUUCAAAUGGAAGAUGUAGCACAUUUUGCUUUCCCGUUUAUUGUUUGGCCAGCUAUGCCCAAGUGGUGCUAUUGUUUCUUUAAGAAAGUACUUGACUAAAAAAAAGAAAAAAAGAAAAAAAAGAAAGCAUAGACAUAUUUUUUUAAAGUGAAAACAACAAUUCUAUAGCUAGAUGGCUUAGGAAAAUAGCAUUGGGUCUAGACACCACCACCUUUCAACUUGUGAUCACCCACGAGCAGCGCACUGUUCACCAAAUUGUGAGUUUGGGAGUGCAGGGGCAGAAGAGGAAACUUUUUUCAAGUUAGAAGGCUCCAUUAUUUUGUUGGCUCUCAAACUUAGCAAAACUAGCAAUAUAUUAUCUGAUCUGAACACUUCGAUCAAGAGCAUAGAGUAUAAAUGGAGGGGAAAAAAAAGACCUUCCAGGCAAAUGGCAGAACUAAAAAGAUGAUUAAGUUACUUAUUGAUUUUUUUUUUUUUUUUUUUGAGCUCUCUGCUCUAAAACACAAAUUCAGCAAGUGGAGAAAAUAAAAACAAAGAGAAAAAACGCAUAGAUUCACCUGCUAAACAUAGCUUCUGCCACAUCCCCCUUGAGUAAUUCUUUGGCAUUUACUGAUUUAUACAAGAUAUUCUCCCUUCAUCUAGACAUCUCAAAGAGCAGUAGCUCUCAGAAAAGCAAUCACUGAUCUCAUUGGGAAGUGUUGGAAGGUAUUUCCUUAUGAGAUGGGGGUUAUCUACUGAUAAGGAAAGAGAAGAAUUUAUGAGAAAUCGUUGAAAGAGAUGGCUAACAAUCUGUGAAGACUUUUGUUUUUGUUUUUGUUUUUGGGUUUUUCUUUGUUUUAUACUUUAUACAGUCUUUAUGAAUAUCUUAAUGUUCAAAAAUGACUUGGUUCUUUCUUCUUUUUUAUAUUGGAAUGAGGGAUGAUAAGUUAAACCCACAUAGACUCUUUAAAACUAUAGGCUAGAUAGAAAUGUAUGUUUGACUUGUUGAAGCUAUAAUCAGACUAUUUAAAAUGUUUUUGCUAUUUUUAAUCUUAAAAGAUUGUACUAAUUUAUUAGAGACAGAUCCUGUUUGACUCUUUUCAUCAGAAAGAGCAUUCCCACUCAAAUCACCUGGGCUUUCCCAUCAAUGGUUUCAAAAGAUAAAUCUGAUUUAUGCAUCAUUAUAGCAUCAUUUAUUUUAAAUUUUAAAAUAAAAGAUUUGUGAUUCUUUAUGCCCCUCUCCUGCAAUAAUCAUAAAGUCCAGAAUCUGAAGGGGCAAAACCAAGAGGAAAAUGUUGUUGAUUCUUCGUUUUUGGUUUGUUUGUUUUGAAUGCUAGAGUUUAAUCCUACAGUACAUAUUUGCUUAUUGCUAUUUUAAUAUUCUAAGACUUUCCUGUUAGAUAUUAGAAACUGAUACAUAGAUAUCUUUUUUGUGUGAUUUCUAUUUAAAAAAAGAAAAAGGAGAUGAGAAGACUGAAGCUUUAAGUGCGUAUGGUACAGGAUAAAGAUAUCAAUUUAAAUAACUAAGUGCUAUCUGGAGCAACACUCUUUUGGGGAAACCUCUCAUAAAUAAGACAGAGGUCCAGUGAACUUUUGAAACCGUCUUUAUUCCUCUCAGUCCUUGUUCACUCAGAAUCUGCCUCAAAAGCUUAUAGAGGGCUGACCAAGCUGAAACCCUAGGGGUAAAGAGAACUCCUUAAAAACACACAUUUCACAUGUUCCCUCUUAAUUUAUGAUUACACAUUGAUCUUAAACAUGGUCCCUCUUUCUCCCCACUCUUCAGUUGUCAUUAAUAAGAUCUUUUAAGGAAAUAUUUUAAAAUAUUUUUUAAUUUAAAACAAGGACACAAAAGUCCAAAUCUUGCAGCCCAAUUGAAAUACAAGCUAAAAUGGAGAAAGUUUCUCCUACUUAACCCCUGCUGAAUCACCUGUCACCUUCAAAAUGACCUUUCACAAUCCUUAGAAUUGGCCUUUUUUUAAUUGCCCAGGCCUACUGUAUCUUAAACGUAAACAUCACUCAUUUUCUUUUGCCCAAAAUGCACUGAUGUACAAGUAGAAAAAAUGAAAACAGAACUCGAAAUCCCUUCCAAGCCACCCACUGGCCCCACUCACCCACCCAGAGCAAAGUCACUUCUGUUAAUCCCUUAAUCUGAUUUUGUUUAGAUAUUUAUCUUGUACCUGCUGCUAAACACACUGCAGGAGGGACUCAGAAACCUCAAGCCGUCUACUCACAUCUCUUAUCUGUGUCUGUGUAUCAUUAAAAUGUGUAUUCAAAAUAUCAAAAACUUUCAAACAUUAUGCAGCUCAUAUUCAGUUUACAUAAGGGCCCCAAAUACCAUGUCAGAUCUCUUUUUGCUAAGAGAGUUAAUGACCUGGGAGAACUGGGAUUGCAUCCUGUGUUUUACUUCAUAUGUUUUCAUCACAUUUCUAGGCCAAGUGUGAUCAAUAAACUUACAGACACUGAAUUAAUUUUCCCUGCUACUUUGAAACCAGAAAAUAAUGAUUGGUCAUUCGUUAUAUCUGUCUUAGUUCAAAAGCAUAUUUUUUGUUAAAUUAACUCUGAUUGUAUUUGAAAGUAUUAUUCAAUUCAUUUAUGGCAGAGGAAUAUCAAUCUUAAUGACUUCUAAAAAUGUAACUAACUGAAUCAUUAUCUUACAUUUACUGUUUAAUAAGCAUAUUUUGAAAAUGUAUGGCUAGAGCGUCAUAAUAAAAUGAUAUAUCUUUCUUUAGUAAUUACAUUAAAAUUAAUCAUAUUUGAUUAAUUAGUUCUUUUGGACAAUGUUGGUGUAAUGUGUCAUUCCUUAAGAAUUCUAUUGUUCUGUAGCAUUUUUAUUAAUCAAGGUCAUUGCAACAAAUAAACCUGAAAACUUACCCAGAAAAAUAAAACUAACCAUACACCAGAAUGGAGAUAUAGAAUUUACAGAUUAUAUUUAAAAAUAAAUAUGUUUCAAAGAACUUGUACAAACUAUGUAAGAGAUGUAUGAAUUGUACAAUAUAUGCAUUAACAAUAAAGCAGGU